GUUUGUGCCAUAAGUUCUGACCAGCACUAUGUCAACUUCUCAAUCACUAAGGAUUUCCGUAAUUAUUUCAAUCGUGUUUGGACAUAUUCUUGGCGUCGUUUCAGUUAUCUGUCCUCAAGGGUUUAACGACUUCAAUGGGUCUUGCGUACCUCAGGUGACGUCAUGUCCGGAAAAUUUUAUUCUCAUGAAUGGGAUGUGCUUUCCAAAUGUUCAAGGUUCAUGUGGUGAAGGGGAAAUUUUAGCAAAUGGAAAAUGUUGUACUCGUCAUUGCAUCGAAAGUUGUGUAGGUUGGCUACCGUGUGAUUGUUGUAAGGUCUCGCUGACGAUUGUUCCAAAGAUACUAGAAGAAGCCAAGGUGGCAUGCUGUCCUCCGAUGAUAUGCGCACCCCAGAUGAAAUUUUUACCUCUAUAUCCUAGUUUCGCCAUUGUACCCACCAUCCCGCCAUGCUAUCCAGCCUCUACAAACGUGUCAACAGGGUCCACGACAACACAAUUAUCCAAUCAUACCCCACAACCUCAAACAGAUACCACACCAUCAACACCCCCAAAAGAGAAUAUAUUACCACCCUCCCAUCUUAAAAAUUGUCCAGCUGGUACCAUUGAAGUUGGUGGAGUUUGUCGCCUCAUGUAUUGUGGCAAGGGAAUUUUUCAAAACAAACGAUGCAUACAAAUGGUGUGUCCUGCAGGCACUGUCUGGACCGGCAUAAAAUGUGAACCUCCAGAACCAGUAACUCAUUCCUUGGAGUUCCAUAACUCGGUGCAUGUGUAUCUUAACCACUCAGAUAACGGCGUUAUAAUUAACAAUGUUAACAACUUUACAUUCAACAACGCUUUUCAGUUAACAUCCGCAGAUAACUUACUGACUCCCUCAUGUGAUGAUAUAUCCAACUGUAGUAACAAUACUGUGCCUGCGACAGCCAAAUGCUGCAAUGUAUUCACACCGCGAAUUUGUCGAAAGGACAAUAUUAGAGGUCGUUGGAAAUGCUAUAGUCGGCGCUACGUACGCUGCGGAGCAUUUUGCAUAGCGCCGACAAUUUACUUAAAGCCAUCGCGACCGCGCCAGGGUGAUACGUACCUGGUAAUGCCACCAGGAAAUGGCUUCGAAUAUUGUCGUCAGCUAAAAAACUGCAGUGAUAGUGCAGACCCCUAUGAUUGUUCGGGAUGCUCUGCCGGAUACCAAAAAACAUGCUCUUCUUAUUGCUACCGUACAACGUGUUAAGCACGUGCGUGCUCUUUCUACGACCAACAAGAGUUUUGCUCAAUUGCCUCAGGAGGACCUGGAUGCCAGGCAGAGGAUGGAUGUCUCGACUAUUGGUGCUCUGCGGAACUCAAAAUCUACUAAUUGU